AUGCAGACUCCAAACGCAGAUGGUCCAAGCCGCCUCGUGGCGCACUUCAGCAAUAGGAAUCGAGAGAGCCAGGCCGAUGGGUGGACAUUACUAUGGGAAUCCGACCAAAGCGACCUCUGGGACCGUGGCAAACCCUCGCCGGCUCUCAUCGACUUCGUCGAGUCUCAGCACCAGGUUCUGCCAAGGCCAGCCCAUGGGCGGCCGCUGAGAGCCCUUGUUCCAGGCUGCGGUAGAGGUUACGAUGUCGUUAUGUUGGCCCUCCAUGGCUAUGAGGCCUAUGGACUCGAGGUUUCUGCAAAGGCAGUCGAUCAGGCUGAGGCGUACGCCGCCUCCGAGCUGGCUGAGCCAUCAGAUUACAACUUCCACGAUGCCAAAGCGCUAUCUAGUGCUUCUCUGGGAAGCGUUACGUUUGUCCGUGGCGAUUUCUUCCAGCGCAACUGGGAGGCCGAGUGCGCCGGUGACGGGGUCGUCGGGUUUGACUUGAUUUAUGAUUACACGUUUCUCUGCGCGCUGCUACCGGAAAUGAGACAACACUGGGGCCGGCGGAUGAGAGAGCUCCUCAACCCGUCUGGCAUGCUCGUUUGUCUGGAGUUCCCAUUGUAUAAAGCACUGGAUGCACCUGGCCCGCCCUGGGGACUCCAAGGUGUAUACUGGGAUAUUCUCGCAGAAAACGGCAGUGGUAUUAUCAGUGGGGCGAUAAACGCAACACAGAAGCACGAGAACAAAGGAUACUUCAUCAGAACUGCCUACAUCAAGCCCCCUCGAUCGUACGAGCAAGGUCGAGGAACCGAUAUGUUGAGUAUUUGGGCAUUGAAAUGA